GUCGAUCCAUCCAUUGGUCGCCACAAGAAGCCAAACUAGUCAGGGCGAGCUAGGAUUAGGAAGUGUAGCGAGAGAGCUUUGAGGUAGAGAUAAGGUCGUGGAGAUGGCGUGGAGCGAUGCCGAGAACGAGAGGUUCGAGCGCGCGCUGGCCACGUACGGCCGCGACACGGCCGGCCUCUGGGAGCGCGUGGCGGCGGCGGUCGGCGGCGGCAAGACGGCCGACGACGUCAGGCGCCACUACGACCUGCUGACGCAGGACAUCGGCGACAUCGAGUCCGGGCGCUACGGUUACCCCAACGGCGGCGCCAACGGCAACACCAACCGCAACAACGGCAGGAACAGGGCCAACCGGCCCCAGACAUGAUGGGAUCACGCGGUUCACACAGUCGAACCAAGGACACGUACGUACCAAGUACAGUACGAGCAAAGCUAGCUAGCAGCUUAUUAUGCAUGCAAGCUGCCGUGUAUAUGUACUUCGUAUCUACUAGUAUUUUAUGCUUGUGUCUUGGGGAGUAUAUGUAGUAGUAUAGCUCUGUCGCGAGACGAGAGCACGUACGUGUGCGUGUGACAGCAGUGUGCAUAUAUGGGUGUAAACUGUAAAGCUUGCACUACUGUUUUUGUGACGGCAUGUUUGCUAAUGCUACCGAUGAAUGAAUGAUUGAAUA